AUGUCCCCGACCGACGACUUCGACUCCAAGGUUCUCGAGCACGCCGCCGAGCGCCUGCGCACCUUGGCGCUCGAAGACGAACGACGAGAAAAACUCGAAAGUGAAAAUGCAUCGCUCAAGAGAGAAGUCGCGAGCUUACGACGAAACGGCGCGACUGGAAGCUCGCAAUCGUCCUUCCCGCGACGGAGCGCGAGUCACGAGUCGCUCAUGGAGCAAUCACCGAGCGAGCGACGACGGAUGGCGGCGUUUCGCACGAAGACGCAUCGAUUCGUGGUGCGAGACGUGCGGGACGGCGACGAAGACGCCGGCGACGUAGACGACGUCGAUGCGGGCGUGGCGGCGGACGACGACGGGCAUUUCACGAGCGCGGGUGAAACGUUUAGGGCGGUCGAGAGCUCGACGGCGGUGAUGGGGUCGUCUGAUUCGUUGGCGUCGUACGAGGGCGCGGAUGCGAGCGCGAGAAAGAAGAGCGGCGACGGAGCGACCAAGGCGGCGUUCGAACUCGUCCUGGCGAACGACGAGGGCGUGGAAGUGCUGGAACCGAGAGAUCGGAGGAUUCGAACGCGACAAAAGGGGCUUCCACACAGCAAGUUUUCCUGGCUCGACUCCCCGAGGAACGCGCUGGUGGUUAAGAAGAUUCACGAUGAAGCGGCGACGAAGAUGAUGCGACGGGCAGUGAAGGCGUUGGAGGGGCAAGGCAUCACUUCUUGGCUCGAAAGAGCGGUGUGGGACGAUGCGGUAGAUUUACAGUGCUCGUGCAAGACGUGGGACGAGAAGGAUGACACAUUUCGACUCGACUCGAUCAUCGAUUUCGUUGUCGUGUUGGGCGGUGACGGCACGAUCCUGUGGGCGACCAAGUACUUCCCCAAGGCGAUGCCCCCAGUGGUUCCGUUCGCCAUGGGCUCACUUGGGUUCUUGACCUCGCAUAGGGUCGAGGACAUGGAGAAGACGCUCCUCGACGUGUGCCUCGGCGACUUCACUCUGUCUCUGCGCAGCAGACUCGUCGCCAAGGUCGUCACCGUAGAUGGCAAGCACUCACCUUGGCGCUACGUCCUGAACGAAGUCCUGAUCGACCGAGGUCCGAAGCCGGUGAUGGUCGAGCUCGACAUCGCUGUCGAUGGUUACAAGGUCACCAAGGUUGCGGCGGACGGCGUCAUCGUCGCCACCGCCACGGGAUCCACCGCGUACAGCCUCGCGGCUGGGGGGUCGAUGGUGCACCCCGGAGUCCCCGCGCUCCUAAUGACACCGAUUUGCCCGCACACACUGUCGUUCCGACCGGUGGUCCUCCCGGACUCGGUCGUGGUCACCAUCACCUGUCCGCCCAAGGCGAGAAACACCGCGUGGGUCGCGUUCGACGGCAAGUCCCAAACCGAGCUUGCACGCGGCGACUCCGUCGUCUGCCGCGUCGCCGCUUACCCCGUCCCAACCGUCUGCGCGCACGGCGAAAACACCGACUGGUUCGCCGCGGUGAAGAACAGUCUCGGAUGGAACACGCGCUGCGCCGACCAGAAGCCGCACGAACUGUCGGCGUCGCCUCAAUGA